AUGUUCGUUCAAGGACCUGGUUUGAUACAAGAAGGAUCAGAUAAUUCUGAUGAUGAUAGUGAAGAUGAAUCAUCCGGUGACGUUCUUCAGAAACGCAAAGAAGAAUGCGAAAGAAAAGCGAGAAGAGGAGAAAUGGAUCCGCGUUUGGAAUUUGCAUUUCAACUUUUGAUGGAUGCAACGCAAUUGGCGCGUCACGAAGUAAUGGAUCACGUUUUCGAAGGCGAUAUGUUGGACGAAAUCAAUCAAUUAUUUUUACCACAUAUGAAAUCGACUCUCGUAUGGUUUUAUCAAGAAGUCGUCGAAAUUGAACCUCCUCGUCCGCUUGAUACGGUUCAAACUAAAACUACAGGUGCACGAUUAGCACCGAAUACGUCGACAUCCAAAGUCAAAGAAUUGCAAAAAGAAACAAAGGAAGCUACGAAAAAGAAACUUUUUUUGACCGAUGGUUGGCAGGUGCCUUGCACAGGAGUUUGCAUUUAUAUGUUUCGAAUUAAUCUUUCAAAGCAAUUACCAGAAGAAGGUUUUCAAAAAGAUUUAUACACGGGUAUCAUAGAUACUAUGAAAAUUGGUAUCAUACCAUCGAUUCAACGUGUCGUAGAAAAUGUUUUUAUGGAGGCAUUGGCACAUUCCGUUGGUGAAGGAGAAGAUGAUUGUCCGAUGAUUAAAACUCUUUUGUUACCUGGUCUCAGAUCAUUUUGCAGUGCAUUGAAAGUAUGCGAGGAUAUAGCAUCGGAGGGAAACAUAUUCAACGACGGUGAAAAUUUCAUGAUAAACGUGCAUAAUUUUGAAGAAGCCAAAGUUUUUAUGUCCGAUACAAGUAACAUUACUAAAGUCGAGGAAAGGGUCAAAUUUUGGAUUAAAAAAUUGAAAGAUUUUAUGGCAGAAAGUAAACAAGUUAAAAGAGAAAACGAUCAUUCCGGGCCGCAACAAGAAUUGGAAUAUUGGAAACGAAGAGGUGCACAAUUCAGUCAACUUGUUUGUCGAUUACAGAAUCACGAAGUACGAAUGUCGCUUCUUUGUUUGCAAGUUGUUCGUUCGAAUUACAUCAAAAGUUGGGUAGACGCAGAAGACGAAGUGACUUAUUGUUACAACGAGGCAAAAGAUAAUGCAAAAUUUAUUCAGGCUUUAGAAAAAUGCUGUCAUUGUUUAUACUUAGACGAUCCUGUCAAAAUGAAAGAUUCUUUAAUAUCUUUACUGCAAACAGUAAGAUUGAUCUACAGUGUAUCGAAAUUUUAUAACACUUCGGAACGAACUAGUUCACUGAUGAUUAAAAUUACGAAUCAAAUGAUAGUCGCUUGUCGUGAUUAUGUUACCAAAAGAGGAAGAGAAACUAUUUGGGGUCAGGACAGGUUGGCCGUUAGAUCGAGAUUAAAACAUUGUUUAAAAUUGAACAAGUCGUACAGAGAAACGUACAGAUUAGUACGAUGUUCACCAGCUGUGACAGAACAAGAAUUUUCAUUUUCCGAAACCCACGUUUUCGGAAGAUUCGAUUCGUUUUGUGCGAGAAUCAGAAAAAUCGUAACAAUGUUUGAUCUAAUCGAAGAUUAUCAAAAUUUGUUCGAGAGACGAAUGGAAGGAUUAUUGUUAGGAGAAUCUCUAGAGGAUGCCAUGAAAGUUUUCGAAGAGGCCAAAAAAAUAGCCACUAACAAAUCUUACGAUUAUUUAGACCCAAGAAAUUUGGAAUUCGAUACCGAUUAUGACGUGUUUAUGGUGAAAACGGAUAACUUAAAGAAGAACAUUGGUGACAUCAUAGAAAAUAAUUAUGCAGAUGUAUGGGAAACACCGCAAGGUAUACGUUUCCUAACACGAUUCGAAAAGGUUAGCGAAAAAAUUCCAUUGACCAGACUCGAAGAAAAAUAUAACAUAGUGAUCAAGUAUUGCGACAGAGAAAUCGAAAGAAUUGUAAAACUUUUUAAAAAACAACGAAACGAUCCACCGUUGCCUAGACACAUGCCACCUAUAGCUGGAAGAUUAACUUGGUCGAACUCGUUAAUAGUACAUUUAAACGAAUUAACUGCUUCUGUUACGAGUCAUCCAGUUUUAAAAACGUUGCCAUUAGCUGGAGAUUUAGAAAAACGUUAUACCCAAGCACUAAUUGUUUUAAGCCAAUAUCGAUCAGACAUUUCCGAAGUUUGGACGCAUCAAAAUUCAUGGAUUAUCGAAGAUUGUUUAAAACGGCCAUUGUUAACGACAGAUCAGAAGACAGGAAAAAUCAAAGUCAAUUUGGAGAGUCGAAUCGUUCUUUUAUUUCGCGAAGCUGAUUGUUUAGCAAAAUUAAACUUUGACGUUCCCAUUGUAGCACUUACGAUAUUGGCUAAACGCGAUCAUUUCACGAUCCUAGCGAAUUCUCUUCAAUUGGUAAUCGAGGAAUUCGUAACGACAGCCAAACGAGUUAAAUUAGAAGUUAGGCCACUUUUGUUGCCACAUUUGGUUCACGUUGCAUCAUUAUUCGAACCUGCUUUGACUUAUUUAACAUGGACCCAACCGAAUUGGAACGAGUUUUGUCAAAAUACGAGAGAACAAAUCAAAAUUUUUGAUAUACUCAUAACUAGAAUCCACGACGUGUAUUCCAACAGAAUUCUACACGUUUUGGAAAGCAUGCAAAAAAUUACUUUGCAUUCCUUACCAAAUUCCAACGAUCCGUGGACGAUAGAAGAAUUUAUUGAAAAAACUGAAGAAGUUUGUAGAACUGGAGCAAUUGAUUUGUAUCGCAAAAGUAUGAUGGUGGAAGAAGCUGUAGAAGAAGUUUUGGGUUUGGUUAAAAAUGCAGCUGCUGAUUUCAAACAGCUCGCCGAUUUUGAUCAAUUCGAUUUCUUAGAAGAGAAAAUAGAAAAAGAUGCUGAACAAGGUGUUCAGCAACACGAUUGGUCAAUCGUUUGGGCUUAUUUCGAUAAUCCUCAUCAAUUAUUAACGAUUGGUGAUAGUUUACCGAAAGGAAUGCAAGAAAUGGUUGGAAAUGCGAUGUCCGAGAUGAGAAGAUAUUAUUCGAGAAAAGUUGUUGACGUUUUGAUCAAAGUUACAAAAGCUUCUUUGGAUGCAAUUAGAAAACGUUUCGUUCGUAACACAGAUCCUGAGUGUCUACCAAAUCCUGUGUUUCUAUUACACGCAACUUUGAUGAUUCCAACGGUGACGGUAAAACCAACUUUGAACGACGUACAAGAAACUUUGUGUUCUGCUGGAAGAAUAAUUACCAGCGUUACGAAAGGUGUUUCACAAUGGAAUGUUAAAAGCACUAAGAAUUCUUGGAAAGAUUUGCAAUGGGAUAUUAAAAGGAAUUUAGCUGAUGUAAUAACGCGCGUUCAAGUAGACGUUAAAAAGAAAAAAGAAGAACAAUCCGAAGAUUUGAAAACUAGAAGACGCAGACUUUAUAAAAUGAUUUCCGAAGAGAAACCGAUAUUUGUCGUUCAAGAAAGAAAUUUUUAUACAAUGGUUACGGAAAAUAAAGACAUCGUUAAAAUAUUGUCGAUGUUGAACAAUUGUACUCAAGAAUUGAAACAAGAUUUGUCAAAUUUUUUCGAACGAUGGGAACCAUAUAAAUUUUUAUGGAAAAACGAACGAAGUAUGAGAGAACUAUUGCAAGUUUCUUUAUCAGAAUUCGAAAAUAGUUUAAGGAAACACGGUGAGUUAGAAGAUUUUUUAAUAACAGAACCUGACAUGGUUUUUAUCGGUACAUCCAUUGCUGUUUCUACGGAAAGAUUGAAAUAUGGACUCUACACCGAAAUAAAGAGUUCCACUCACAAAAUUGGUCAAGCCAUGAAAAAGAAAUAUAGAAGAGAAAUGGAAUACGUUUACGCUGUGAUCAACGAAAUGGAACGUAAAUUGGAUCGACAAAUACGUGAUUUGGACGACGUACGUUUAAUAAUGGAUACUUUGAAGAAAAUUCGUGAACAGGAAGUAGACAUGGAACUUAAAAUUGAUCCGAUAGAAGAAGCUUUUAACAUAGUCACGAGAUACGAGGUUCCAGUUGAUCCCGAAUGUUUGGAACAAGUGGACAAUCUUCGAUACACUUGGCAACAAUUAUUGGCACGUGCCCAAGAAAGUCAUGUUUUAUUACUGAAUCUUCAACCACAGUUUGAAAAUGAUUUGAGAAAUAAUCUCGAAAAGUUCCGUAUAGAUAAUGAAAUGUAUUGCGAAGAAUACAGAUCAACUGGACCGAUGCAACCUGGUUUAAGUCCUCGCGACGCUUCAGACAGACAAAUUCUGUUUCAGAACAGAUUUGACGGUAUGUGGAGAAAGUUACAAACGUAUCAAAGCGGUGAAGAAUUGUUCGGAUUACCAAUUACGGAUUAUCCUGAACUUACACAAAUUCGUAAGGAAUUAAAUUUGUUGCAAAAAUUGUAUAAAUUGUAUAACGACGUGAUAGAUCGAGUCAGCAGUUAUUACGAUAUUCCUUGGGGCGAGGUAAAUAUCGAGGAUAUCAACAACGAAUUAAUGGAGUUUCAAAAUCGGUGUCGUAAAUUACCGAAAGGUUUAAAAGAAUGGCCAGCAUUUUUUGCUUUGAAAAAGACAAUAGACGAUUUCAACGACAUGUGCCCGUUGUUGGAAUUAAUGGCGAACAAAGCAAUGAAACCGCGUCAUUGGCAAAGAAUCGUCGAAGUUACGAGUUACACUUUCGAUCUGGAUAACGAAAAUUUUUGUUUGAAAAAUAUUCUCGAGGCACCGUUGUUAAAGUACAAGGAAGAUAUCGAAGAUAUUUGUAUAAGCGCGAUGAAAGAAAAGGAUAUCGAAGCUAAAUUAAGAACGGUCGUUAACGAGUGGUCUUCUCACGAAUUAACAUUCAUGACUUUUAACAAUCGAGGAGAAUUAUUGUUACGUGGGGACACCACCGCGGAAACUAUAGGACAAUUGGAAGAUAGUUUAAUGAUUUUGGGUUCAUUGAUGUCGAAUAGAUACAACGCACCAUUCCGCAAACAGAUACAACAAUGGCUUGCAGAUCUUUCGAACACGAAUGAAAUCCUUGAAAGAUGGUUACUCGUUCAAAAUAUGUGGGUUUAUCUCGAGGCUGUAUUUGUGGGCGGUGAUAUUGCUAAACAAUUACCCAAAGAGGCUAAAAGGUUUAGCAAAAUCGAUAAGAGUUGGCAAAAAAUUAUGCAAAGGGCUCACGAAACUCCUGGCGUUGUACCAUGUUGCGUUGGGGAUGAUUUGUUGAAACAACUUUUACCACAUUUGCAAGAACAAUUGGAACUUUGUCAAAAAUCUCUUAGCGGAUACUUGGAAAAAAAGCGCAUGAUGUUUCCAAGAUUCUUUUUCGUUUCCGAUCCAGCACUUUUGGAGAUACUUGGUCAAGCAUCGGAUUCCCAUACUAUACAAAAUCAUUUGUUGUCGAUUUUUGAUAAUACCAAAUAUUUAGAAAAAGCUGUUCAAGCCGAAGGUUCUGUAGAAACAUGGUUGAUGCAACUUUUACAAACGUCUCAACAAUCUUUGCAUUCCAUCAUUCGACAAGGGUACUCGAUGAUGAAUGACAUAAGUUUUGAUUUAUUAAAUUUUCUUAACAAGAUGCCAGCACAAGUAGGAAUAUUGGGAAUUCAAAUGAUUUGGACGAGAGACGCUGAAUUAGCUUUAGCACAAGCACGCGCAGAUAAGAGGAUCAUGAGCGAAACAAAUAAUAAAUUUUUAGAUUUAUUAAAUACCUUGAUCGAUCAAACAACUCGAGAUCUAUCCAAGAUCGAUCGAACCAAAUUCGAAACAUUGAUCACUAUACAUGUACAUCAACGUGAUAUUUUUGAUAUAUUGUGUCGCAUUAAUGUACGUUCUGUACACGAUUUUGAAUGGUUGAAACAAUGCAGAUUUUAUUUUAAAGAAGAUAUGGAUAAAACAAUGAUAUCAAUAACGGAUGUGCAAUUUGUAUAUCAAAAUGAAUAUUUAGGGUGUACCGAGAGAUUGGUAAUAACACCAUUAACAGACAGAUGCUACAUUACAUUAGCACAAGCAUUGUCUAUGUCAAUGGGGGGUUCACCAUGUGGACCUGCAGGAACUGGUAAAACCGAAACUGUCAAAGAUAUGGGAAAAACAUUGGCAAAAUACGUCGUGGUAUUCAAUUGUUCCGAUCAAAUGGAUUAUAGAGGACUCGGACGAAUUUACAAAGGAUUGGCUCAAAGUGGAUCCUGGGGAUGUUUCGAUGAAUUCAAUAGAAUCGAAUUACCAGUUUUAUCUGUAGCUGCUCAACAAGUUGCUGUUGUCUUAGCUGCUAAGAAAGAAAAGAAAAAGCAAUUUGUAUUCACCGAUGGUGAUCAAAUAGACAUGUGUCCUGAACUUGGAAUAUUUAUUACAAUGAAUCCUGGAUAUGCUGGUAGAAAAGAACUUCCCGAAAAUUUAAAAAUACAAUUUCGUACUGUAGCAAUGAUGGUACCAGACAGGCAGAUUAUUAUACGAGUAAAAUUGGCCAGCUGUGGAUUCUUAGAAAAUAUUACCCUUGCUCGUAAAUUUUAUACGCUUUAUAAAUUGUGCGAAGAACAACUUACCAAACAGGUUCAUUACGAUUUCGGUUUAAGAAAUAUCUUGUCGGUGCUUAGAACAUUAGGUGCAGCAAAAAGAGUGAAUUCUAAAGAUUCGGAAAGCACCAUUGUCAUGCGUGUUCUCAGGGAUAUGAAUCUUUCAAAACUCAUAGACGAAGACGAGCCACUUUUUAUAUCAUUGGUAGCAGAUCUUUUUCCUAAUCAAGCAUUGGAAAAAACUUCGUAUCCGGAAUUAGAGACAGCAAUUAAUCAACAGGUAGAAGAAGCUUCUUUGAUUUAUCAUCCGCCAUGGGUAUUAAAAUUAAUUCAACUUUAUGAGACUCAAAGAGUACGACAUGGGAUUAUGACUCUUGGACCAACCGGUGCUGGAAAGACAACCUGUAUACAAAUUCUGAUGAAAGCCUUGACCCAAUCCGGUGAUUACCACAGAGAAAUGAGAAUGAAUCCAAAGAGUAUUACAGCAGCACAAAUGUUUGGUCGUUUGGAUGUGGCUACCAAUGAUUGGACGGAUGGAAUAUUUUCGGCACUUUGGCGCAAAACAUUGAAAUUGAAAAAAGGCGAACACGUAUGGAUGGUCCUUGAUGGGCCAGUUGAUAGUAUAUGGAUUGAAAAUUUAAAUUCCGUAUUAGAUGAUAACAAAACGUUGACGCUUGCGAAUGGUGACCGUUUGCCAAUGGCACCUACUUGUAAAAUUAUUUUCGAACCUCAGGACAUUGACAAUGCUAGUCCUGCAACCGUUUCUCGUAAUGGUAUGGUUUAUAUGAGUUCGUCAGGAUUAGAUUGGAACCCGGUAGUUACGGCAUGGCUCAAACGUCGGUCAACACUCGAACGAGAAACUUUAGAACGAUGUUUUACCGAUUCUUUUGUUCAGGUAUAUUCUUGGUCAACUCAAACGCUUCUAUUAGCGAUCAAUGUUUUACAAUGUAAUAUUGUUCAACAAAUGCUUUCUAUUCUCGAAGGAUUAAUACCACCAGAAAUAUCUACGGAAGAUGACGAAGACGAUGACAACGAGAGAGAUAGAUCCCAACCAAUAACUGCGGAACAUUUAAAACGUCUUUACAUUUUUGCUUUGAUCUGGGGUAUGGGUGCACUUUUGGAAACAGCCGAUAGAAUAAAAUACGAUGUGUUUCUGAAAGAAAACUUUAAAACUUGGGAUCUUCCAAAAUCAGAGAAUUAUCCCGACGCGAAGGUCUUUGAUUUUUUCGUUACCGAAAAAGGCAAAUGGGAUACUUGGACCAGUAUGGUAACGAAUUAUGUAUAUCCCGAGUAUUCAACACCUGAUUACAGUAAUGUACUCGUACCAAUUCCUGAUAAUGUACGGAUUCAGUAUCUGAUCGAUUUGAUAGGCCGACAAGAUAAGGCUGUUUUAUUAAUCGGUGAACAAGGAUCUGCUAAAACCGUUAUGAUGAAGUCCUAUAUGAAAAAAGCGAACCCAGAUACAACCUUGAACCGAUCCUUUAAUUUUAGUUCAGCGACUAGUCCGUACCAAUUUCAGAAGACCAUAGAAAGUUAUGUGGAAAAACGUAUGGGAAACACAUUUGGACCACCGGGUGGUAAAAAGAUGUUGAUCUUCGUGGACGACAUAAAUUUACCUCAAAUAAACGAAUGGGGUGAUCAAGUUACCAACGAAAUUGUACGACAAACCAUGGACAUGAAGGGUUUUUAUUCUUUAGAAAAACCUGGCGACUUUACAACAAUUGUUGACGUCACAUUCGUUGCUGCUAUGUGUCAUCCUGGUGGAGGAAGAAAUGACAUACCUUCGAGAUUGAAACGACAAUUUUCAAUAUUCAAUUGUACAUUACCCAACAACGAAUCGAUCGAUCGUAUUUUCAGUGUACUCGGUGAGGGACACUACAAUGCGAAAAGAGGUUUCUCUAGCGAAGUUAGAAAUCUGAUUAAAAAAAUAGUUCCAUUGACUCGAAUCCUAUGGGAAAGAACGAGAACAAAAUUGUUACCAACUCCGGCUAAAUUUCAUUACGUUUUCAGUCUUCGAGAUUUGUCACGAAUCUGGCAAGGAAUGGUCGGUACUUUGUCCACUGUAAUAGAUAAAGAAAGCGUGUUAAUGUCACUUUGGAAACACGAAUGCAUGCGAGUUUUUAGCGACAGAUUUACAAUGCAAUCGGAUAAGAAUUGGUUCGAGGAAGAGGUUGUUCAGGUUGUCAAAGAUAUUUUAGGCGAUGAUUACGUCGAGAUGACUAAACCAAAUCCAGCGUUCGUUGAUUUUAUGAGAGACGCACCUGAACCAACCGGUGAGGAAAACGAGGACGCCGAUGUGGAAUUACCAAAAGUGUAUGAACCUGUUUACGAUGAACAAGUAUUACGAGACAGGUUGGAAAUGUUUCUAGCACAAUUUAACGAAAUGCAACGAGGUGCUGGGAUGGAUCUCGUAUUUUUUCCCGAUGCUAUGUUACAUCUAGUAAAAAUUUCUCGAGUUAUAAGACAUCCGAAGGGAAAUGUCAUGUUAGUGGGAGUGGGUGGUUCGGGUAAACAAAGUCUCACUAAAUUAUCAUCUUUCAUAGCUGGAUACAAAACAUUUCAAAUAACGUUAACAAGAUCCUACAACGUGGCAAACUUUCUGGAGGAUUUGAGAUUCCUUUAUCGAUCUUGUGGGGCUCAGGGAAAAGGUACUACCUUUAUAUUCACCGAUCUGGAUAUAAAGGAGGAAGGAUUUUUAGAAUAUCUGAACAACAUUUUGAGUUCCGGUGUAAUAAGCAAUUUAUUUACUCGCGACGAACAAGCAGAGAUCAUAUCAGAAUUGACACCAAUAUUGAAACGUGAAAAUCCUAAGAGAACGAUCAACAACGAGCUAGUGAUGGAUUUUUUUUUGCAAAGGACUUGUCAAAAUUUACACGUUGUCUUUUGCUUCUCACCGGUAGGAGAAAAAUUUCGAAACCGAGCUCAACGAUUUCCAGCAUUGAUAUCCGGUUGCACGAUCGAUUGGUUCCAACCGUGGCCUAAAAAUGCAUUAGUUUUGGUCGCCAAACAUUUUCUUCAUGGCUUUGAAAUCGCUUGUACGAAAGAAGUUAAAAACGAACUCGUCAAUGCUCUUGGUUCUAUUCAAGAUAUCGUAGCUAAAACCUCGAUGGAUUAUUUUCAACGAUUUCGGCGAGCAACGCACGUAACACCGAAAUCCUAUCUCAAUUUUAUCGGUGGUUAUAAGAAUAUUUAUAGAAACAAGCAACACGAAUUAGGAGAGGGUGCAAAAAGAAUGGAUACUGGAUUAGCUAAACUCGAGGAAGCUUCUAUAUCCGUCGAAAUUUUAAAGAAGGAUUUAGCUUUAAUGGAAAGGGAAUUGGUUCAGGCGUCGGAAAAAGCUGAAACGGUUUUGCUAGAAGUUACGGAAAGAGCUACGCAAGCGGAAGCUUUUAAAAAUCAGGUACAAAAGGUGAAAGAAAAAGCGGAACAAUUAGUAGCGUGCAUAGCCGAAGAAAAAGCAUUGGCAGAGGAAAAACUGGAAGCCGCGAAACCUGCUUUAGAGGAAGCGGAAGCUGCUUUGAAUACAAUCAAACCUGCUCAUAUAGCGACCGUUCGAAAACUAGGAAGGCCACCUCAUCUUAUAAUGAGAAUAAUGGAUUGCGUAUUGAUUCUGUUUCAACGUAAAAUAGGUUCAGUUGUACCAGAUCCUUCCACGCAAUGUCCGAAACCUUCGUGGGCUGAAUCCUUGAAGUUAAUGGCUAGUACUACGUUUCUCUUGCAAUUGCAAAAUUAUCCGAAAGAUAUAAUCAACAACGAGAUGGUCGAAUUAUUGCAACCUUAUUUCAAAAUGGAAGAUUACAAUAUGGAAACAGCCAGACGAGUUUGUGGGGAUGUAGCAGGUUUGUUAUCGUGGACAAAAGCUAUGUCGUUCUUCCAUUCGGUUAACAAAGAAGUACUACCCCUGAAAGCUAAUCUAGCUUUACAAGAAGCAAGAUUGAAAGUAGCUAUGGAGGAUUUAGCAAAUGCCGAAAGGGAAUUGUCGGAAAGAGAAAUGGCAUUGCAAGCUGUAAAGGAACAAUACGAUGCUGCGGUCUCGGAGAAACAAAGAUUAACCGAUGCUGCAAAUGUAUGCCUAAGAAAAAUGACAGCAGCUACUACUCUUAUCAAUGGAUUAGGAGGUGAAAAGGUUCGAUGGACCGAACAGAGCAAAGAUUUCAAAUUGCAAUUAGGACGUUUAGUUGGUGAUGUUUUGUUAGCAACAGGUUUCUUAUCAUACUGUGGUCCUUACAACCAACAAUAUAGAAGUAACUUAGUAAUUGCUUGGAUGGAUAUUUUAACAACAAAAGUAAUACCAUUUACGAAACAUUUGAGUAUAACUCACAUGUUGGUCGAUACAGCAACUAUGUCAGAAUGGACACUUCAAGGUUUACCAAACGACGAACUAUCCGUACAAAACGCAUUAAUAGUUACAAAAUCUUCGUCAUAUCCUUUAUUGGUGGAUCCUCAAAAUCAAGGUAAAAUGUGGAUUAAAAACAAAGAAUGUUCAAAUGAAUUGCAAAUCACUUCUCUGAAUCACAAAUAUUUUCGUACGCAUCUGGAAGAUAGUUUAUCAUUAGGGAGACCUUUAUUGAUCGAAGACGUAGCUGAAGAACUUGAUCCUGUUCUCGACAACGUUCUUGAGAAGAACUUUAUCAAAUCCGGUUCUAUAGAAAAAGUUAUUGUCGGUGACAAGGAAUGCGACGUGAUGCCUGGAUUUAUGCUUUACAUUACAACCAAGUUACCAAAUCCUGCUUACAGUCCUGAAAUUUCAGCCAAAACGUCGAUAAUAGAUUUUACUGUGACGAUGUUGGGUCUGGAAGAUCAAUUAUUGGGUCGUGUUAUACUCAUGGAAAAAGCUGAUUUAGAAGCUGAAAGAGUAGCUCUGUUUGAAUCAGUCAUGACGAAUCAACGUUCCAUGAAAGAACUCGAAGGUACUUUACUGCACAGGCUUACAUCCUCCGAAGGAUCUUUGGUGGACGAUGAAGAAUUGAUAGGAGUACUUCAAGAAACUAAAUCGACAGCAGAAUCGGUUAACGAAAAAUUAAAAGUAUCGGCUCUAACAGAAAAGAAAAUUACGUUAGCUCGAGAAGAAUUUCGAGCGGUUGCAUCUAGAGGAUCUAUUUUAUACUUUUUAAUCGUAGAAAUGAGUAACGUCAACGUGAUGUAUCAAAAUUCUUUAAAACAAUUUCUAACUUUAUUCGACAAUUCUAUAACGAGAUCAGUCAAGAGUUCUAUCACUGUUGAAAGGAUAAAUACGAUAUUACAAUAUCUCACAUACGAAGUAUGGGCUUUCACUUUGAGAAGUUUGUACGAACGACAUAAAUCAUUAUUCACGUUAAUGUUAGCAAUGAAAAUCGAUUGCCAUCGUGAUAAGAUUUCUCAUAUGGAAUUCAAUGCGUUCAUAAAAGGUGGUGCAUCUUUGGAUCUCAAUGCAGUGACACCAAAACCAUUCAAGUGGAUUCUCGACAUAACGUGGCUUAAUUUAGUUGAAAUUAGUAAAUUAAAUAGCUUCGAAGAUAUUUUAACGAGAAUAGAAUUUAACGAGAAGGAAUGGCGUGUUUGGUACGAGAAAGAAAGACCGGAAGAAGAAGAAUUGCCCUGCGAUUAUCAGAAAAAUUUAGACGUAUUUAGGAAAUUGUUACUUAUCAGAUCCUGGAGUCCGGAUAGAACUUUAUCCCAAGCAAAAAACUACGUCGUCGAAUCUUUAGGCAAAGAAUAUGGAGAAGCAAAAAUCUUGGAUUUGGAAGCAACUUGGUUGGAAUCGGAAGUUCGAACCCCCUUAAUUUGUUUAUUGUCUAUCGGUUCGGAUCCUAGUCCCCAAAUUACUGCACUAGCUAAACAAAAAUCUAUUCAAUUAAAAUCAGUUUCUAUGGGUCAAGGACAAGAGUUCCAUGCACGCCGAAUGAUUACUGAUGCAAUGAAUACAGGUGGUUGGGUUCUUUUACAAAACAUUCAUUUGUCCUUACCAUUCUGCACAGAAGUAAUGGAUGCACUCGUUGAAACGGAUAUCGUUCAUGAAGCCUUCAGAUUAUGGAUGACAACAGAAGUGCAUCCACAAUUUCCAAUUGGUUUACUACAGAUGGCAAUUAAAUUCACUAACGAACCGCCCCAGGGAAUCAGAGCUAGUUUAAAAAGAACUUAUCAAAAUGUAACACAAGACACGUUAGAUUAUAGUACGCAAUCUCAGUGGCCACCGUUAUUAUACGCGGUAGCAUUUUUGCAUACGGUUGUACAGGAACGUAGAAAAUUCGGUCCGCUCGGUUGGAAUAUACCUUACGAAUUUAAUCAAGCAGAUUUCGCAGCCUCUGUACAGUUUAUUCAAAAUCAUCUUGACGAUAUGGAUCCCAAAAAAGGUGUAUCCUGGCCCACUGUUUGUUACAUGCUCGGAGAGGUUCAAUACGGCGGUAGAGUUACGGAUGAUUUUGACAAACGUUUAUUAACAACAUUCACGCACGUAUGGUUCUGCGAUGUACUUUUACGACCUGGAUUCGAAUUUUAUCGUGGCUACAAAGUACCACAAACUCGAAAUCUUCAAGCAUACGUAGAUUACAUCGACAGUCUUCCAACAACUGACAAUCCAGAAGUAUUUGGACUCCAUCCAAAUGCAGAUAUCACUUAUCAAAUAAAUACAGCUAAGGGAAUUUUGGAUACUAUUCUUAGUGUCCAACCGAAAGAAGGUGGUGCGCAAGGUGGUGAAACUAGAGAGACCAUAGUCUACAAAUUAGCGAACGAUAUGUUAUCCAAAUUACCAAAACAAUACAAUUCUUUUGAAGUUAAAGAAGCUCUCCACAGAAUGGGAGCAUUAUUACCAAUGAAUAUUUUCUUAAGACAAGAAAUAGACAGAAUUUCGAGAGUCAUCAAAGAAGUUUACAGUACAUUAACGAAUCUAAAGUUAGCUAUAGAAGGUACAAUCAUUAUGAGUCAGGGACUGCGUAAAUCAUUAGAUUCUAUGUAUGAUGCCCGUAUACCAGAAAAGUGGUUAAAGGUUUCUUGGGAAUCUGCUACAUUAGGAUUUUGGUAUACAGAACUUUUAGAAAGAGAUCAUCAAUUUAGACACUGGUGUAUUCAUGGGAGAUCAAAGGUGUUUUGGAUGACAGGUUUCUUUAAUCCUCAAGGAUUUUUAACAGCCAUGAGACAAGAAGUCACCAGAGCGCACAAAGGUUGGGCCCUAGACUCAGUAGUAUUACAAAAUCUUAUAACACGUUUUAAUAAAGAAGAUAUUAAAGAACAACCUCAAGAAGGAGUUUAUGUAUACGGAUUAUUUUUGGAGGGUGCAUCUCUUGAUCGUAGGGCUGGUAAACUCAUAGAAAGUAAACCCAAAGUCUUAUAUGAACAAAUAAAACCUCAAAGAACAGAUCAAAAAUAUGUUGGUUCUAUUGAUUUUCAAACAGAUCAUAAUCCUCGUCAUUGGACAUUGCGCGGAGUAGCUUUGUUAUGUGACAUCAAAUGAAUAAAAAUUAAUAAAGUUAUU